AUGCCAGGUGCAGCGCAGAUGCCCAACAUGAUGGCCAUGCCCGGCAUGGAGCAGAUGAUGAAUGCCAUGAUGCAACAGCCUGGCAUGAAGGAAAUGAUGGCCGCGAUGAUGGGCCAAGCCCCACAGGCCGCAGCCGCGCCGAAAGCGCCCGAGAGACGAUCGCCGGAGCCAAGGUCGCUGAAAGGAAGCUUUAAAGGCCGAGGCAAGGACCUCAACGGCGAUGACCUUGGAGGUGGCGGCAAAGGCAAAAGUGUGGAUUGCUUCAAAUGCGGAGGGCCCCACUUUGCUCGUGAUUGUCCUGAAGGCUCUUGGGUCAAGCGCGACCGUGGUGGCAAAGGUGGUUGCUUCAAAUGUGGAGGCCCCCACUUUGCGCGUGAAUGUCCCGAAAGCGGAGGCAAAGGUGGUGGUGGCGGCGGCGGCGGUGGUGGCCCUCCCAGCACCCUGCCGUCGUGGAUGGUGGAGGACAUCAAAGACCUUUGUGCCAAGUUCAAUAUCGAUGACCGUUUGGAGCGGCGCAUGAUGGAGCGCAUGGAGUCCCGGCAAGACACCUUCAAAGAGGACCUGCGGAGCAUCACGGAGACCCUGGAAACGGCACGGAACCCACCAGGGUUGCUGUCCGUGAAGCUGCGAGAAAUGGAGGAUGGCUCAUUCGUCGCGAAAGGAGGAAAGGGCAAGGGCAAAGGAGGGCCUGGCAGAGAGCUGAGUCCACCGCCCCGGUCAAGGCAGAGCCCCCCACCCCGGCCCAACCGCUCGAGGUCUCGGUCCCGCGACAGCCGCAAGAAGGUCUCCCGAAGGAGUCGCUCGCGCUCCCGGCGCUCCAGCCGCUCCAAGCGUCGGGGCAGGCCAAACCAGCGAAGGACAGAGAUCGGGACAAGGACAGAGACCGUCGAAGAGAUCGAAGUCGGGACAGAAGGCGAGACAAAGACCGGGAUAGAGACGGUGAAAAGAAGAAGGAGAAAGAAAAGGACAGGGACAAGGACAAGGAGCAUGAGAGAGAGAAAGAAAGGGAGGAGGCUGAAAAGAAGGUAG